AUGGUUGAAGAUUACAUACACCAUUCAAUGCCAGUCGUACUUGCUAAGCAGGCAGCUCUUCGUCAAAUUGAAUCUAUAAUUAAUCAGAGUGGUAAAACCUUAGUUGAUUAUAAUUUGCCAGCUUUAGAUCAGUUUUUAGAUAAUGUCCCAGAAAAUGAUGAUGAAGAUGUUCAGGUGUUUAUUGAUGAAGCAAACCGAGUUAGACCAUUAUUGAAUGAUAAUCAACGUAAUGUAGCUGAUGCGAUCCUUGCUGCACUAAGUGUGGAACCUACUAAUGAAAAUAAGCAUUCAAGGUUGUUUUUUAUGGAUGGGCCUGGCGGUUGUGGUAAAACAUUUACUUACAAUUAUUUAAUUUCUGAAACACAGAGCAGGCAUAUUAGAACUGCAACAGCUGCAUGGACAGGAAUAGCUGCAACUCUUCUCAAAAAUGGGUGCACAAUGCAUAGCUUAUUCAAACUUCCUGUUCGAAUUUUGGAAACUAGCACAUGUAAUGUAACUCCAAACUCUAUUCAUGGUAGAUUCCUGAGACAAAUCAGUUUGUAUUUACUUGAUGAAGCAUCUAUGAUACCCAAAUAUGCUUUGAGUGCCAUUGAUAAGCUAUUAUAA